AUGCAGCCGCUUAAGUUAUAAGAGAUCCGUCGCGUGGCCAGAGUUCGCCGUCUGAGACACAGAUGGAGGCGAAUACGUCUACGGCGGCGGCGACAUACAAUGACGGAGAACAGCAUAGGGGCGCCGGAGGGAAGUUCAAGAAGCCUCCGUCGAGGAAGCCACCUCCCAGUCCUUACGCCCGACCCCUGGCUGCGCCGGUGAACAAGGCCGGCAGCGGCGGAUGGUUAUCGAAACUCGUCGAUCCGGCCUAUCGUCUGAUAUCCGGCACCGCCACUAGAAUCAUCCCGUCAUUCCUCUCCAGGGCGACUUCUGAUGCUCUCCCUCUUCUUCCUAUCACCACAAGCAACGAAGGUGAGGAGGUCAUACCAAGUGCAAAAUAUGAAGAGAAGUGCACUUCAACUUCUGCAGCCUUUGUAUCUAGUAUAAGAAUGGAUGCCAAUGAACUUAUAGAAAAAGAGAAUGGAAUAUCUCAAGAUCAAAACCAGGGGCAAGAUAGGCCAGAGAACUCUCAUGAUGAUUCUGAGAUUUCCAGAAUUGAGCAGUUAAUGAAAGGGAAAUCAUUUUCUAGGGAAGAAAUAAUCCGUUUGACUGAACUUUUGAAAGAAAGAGCUACUGAUGAUCUAGAAAAGGACAAAUCAAGCAUGAUUUCAGGAAGAGAUAGUGAAGGAGUUCUUUUCUUGCAUGGUACACCAAGAAAAGCAACUGAAAGUACUGAAGAUGUGAACAGAGUUCUACGUGGACCUUUGACACCUUUGCCUCAGACAAAGGUGAAAGAUGAAAUUGGUGCGUCUCCCAUAGAUGUUGCAAAAGCGUAUAUGGGAAGCCGAAUGGCAGAUCAAAGCCCUAGCCAUCGCAGCUUCCUUACCAAGGGCCAACAAGAUCCAGAGAAUGCAUAUAAAAAUUUUGUUCCACCACCUUUACCUAAACCAUCACCUUGUUGGCCCGGCACCAUGGCCUCAGAGCGUAAUCAGAGCCUCAAUACACCACAGAAUCAGAGAAGCAGAUAUGGGCUCCAUGAUUUUCCUAGGACUCCAUAUUCUAGAACUUUAUUAUCUAAGUCUAGAACUAAUAGCAGGGGCCUUGAUUUUUCUGUACAGUCUUCUCAACAAUCUCCAAUGUCAGCGUGUACGCAGGAAAGGGCAAAGACUGCUGUGUUUGACCAAGGUUAUGGAUCGGUUGGACCUAUCCGUAGAAUACGCAACAAGCUUGGCACAGAACCUCAGCCCAAGAAAUCCAUUUUCCUGAAUCCCUCUAAAGCCGCAUCAGAAAUCGAAAAAUCACUUGUUCCUAAAACAUUCUUGCCCAGUCUCACAAAGAAUAAGGAAAUUGGCCACACCGAGGAGACUUCAAAGACUGUUCAAAAUGAGGCAAGUAGAAUAAUAUUAGAGCAUAUUAGCAGGCACAAGCCAACACCUAAAGAGAAGGCAUAUGAACUGAAUCUGGCUACUUCUCAUGCAAGACCAUCUGAGAAUGCAGAUCUGAAGAGGACUGAGUUGGGGUCCACAAAAUCUUUGAAGGGUGAAAAUAGUGAUAAAGGCACUGUUCAGAGGAGUUUUGGCGACAGUAGUUUAGAUGUAUCUAAUUCAAAUGCUGGCCCUUCGUCAUUCUCAACAGAUUCACAAUUGAAUAUUUUCUCCCCUCCUUCCAGCAUCCCAAAUUCUUAUAAGAAUCCAUUAACUGAUAUUGUGCCAAGAGAAACCCCACAAAACCGGUCUUCUUUCCACCAACAACAGAGCAAUGGGCAGAAUGCCUCCUCAACCUCCGCAUUAUCCGACCCAGCGGGGCCCAACCCUGAAAAAGAAACGGCCCCACAUAGCCAUACCUCUGGAACAAAACCAAACUUGACAGCCAUAGCCAUAAACAAGCCUGAUCUAAGAAACAACAUAUUCUCCAAUUCCACCACCCCACCCAUGGGGUUCACCUUCCCUGUUCCUGCCUCAUCCGGUGCGCUCUCCGAACCCCCCACCCCUUCAAUGCCAUCAUCAUCUGCUGCAAAGAUCGCGCCGUCUGAUGAUACAGUUCCUUCUUUCAGCUUUGGCAAUGGAAAAUCCUCACGGGCACUCGUCUUCUCUUUCCCAUCUACAAGCAGUCUUUCUGCCCCUGCUGAUGCAACCGAUGCUAUUAAGUUCAACUUUGGGGGAGGAGAUGGGAAGACAAGGUUGUGUUUCAAUGCUGCGGUUUGUUAGAAUUGCAGUCUUUAUUCACUUACCUGAUAUUGUAGUAGUCAUCCUUCUUUCUUUUUUGGUUUUGUAAGGAGAACUUCAUCUAUGGAGUAUAAUUUUUUAUGUAGGUUUAUUGCCAAUUUUUUUGGUCUGUUAGAUUAAAUAAUGCAGUGUUUUUUUUGUUUUGUUUUUUCAAACAUUAUUACUCCUAUAAUUACUUGAUUU